AUGCCAUCUCGCCGCACGCCUUCCUCUACGCGGCCGCUGCCGUCGCCGCCGCUGCUGCUGCUGCUGCUCGGCCUGCUCGGGCUGGCCGCCAGCACCGGUGUCCUGGCAGCCCAGGACGUGCGCGGCCAGAUCCAGCCCAACAAUGAGCUGCCCGACCUCUCCUUCCUCGGCGCAAACACCCGCGUCUUCCUCCGCCACAUCCCUCUGCCCGACGUUCCCGCUCCCGCUCCCGCCGCUGCUACGCCUGCCGCACCCGCUGUUGAGGGCGGCGCACCGGCAACAGAGGCAGCGGCGGCGCCAUCGCAGGCGGAGCAGAUCGCCAAAAAGGCCCGCGUCUACGUCAAGCAGGGCGAGACGCCCGUCGACCGCACCACCCUCGUCAAGAGCGACGGCAGCUUCAUCUUCCACUCGGUCGCCACCGGCAGCUACACCCUCGAGGUCGUCAGCCGCACCAAUGACUUUGCAAAGUUCCGCGUCGAUGUGCCCGACGAGUCGACCAGGCUCUCGCCUAGGAUCCGCGUCUUUACGCCUGGCACCUCGCUCAGCUCGCUGCUGCUGCUCCCGUCGUCGUCUCUGCUGUUGCACCCGCUCAUUCUCCACUCGACGCGCCGCUUUGACUUCUUCACGACGCCGCAGCCUUUCAACCUGUCCUCGAUGCUGGGCAUCGGCACGCCCAUGCUGCUGCUGGCGGGCGUCGGCAUCGCCCUGGUCCUGUUCCUGCCCAAGCUCAGCGCCAUGCUCGACCCGGACACGCAGCGCGAGGUGGCCGAAAGCCAGAAGGCCAUGGAGCGCCGCAUGAAGGCCGUCCAGACGGGCGACCUCAACAGCCUGCUCUACAAGGACGACGAGUACGACCGCCGCACCCAGGCCGAGGCGCAGAAGCACCAGCAGAGGGCCAGGGUCGUCGACGGGCCCAAGAAGCGCAAGUAG